AUGUCUUGGGACGACUCGGGGGCAGACCCCUCAAAUAACUGGGGAAGCGGCGCUGAAGACGCCUGGAAAGGAGAUAACUCUGGAUCAGGAGGCAAAUGGAAUAACGACAACGAUGGCAACUUCGAGCAAGACCCCGAAAGCCGCUCGAAACAUGCAGAUGGCUUUGAGGCCAGUGGUGGAGACGGUGAGGGCUGCCCUACCACUCUAUUGACGCUUGGUACCCUAGCUGCGGUCAAUCCGGUCAUUUUGCUCGCGAAUGCCCCGAACCUCGUAAGCUUAGCGGCGAAUGUUUCAACUGCGGCGAAACCGGCCAUAAUAAAGCCGAUUGCCCGAAUCCGAGGGUCUUCAAAGGAACCUGUCGUAUUUGCGAGAAAGAAGGACACCCUGCCUCUGAAUGCCCUGAUAAACCGGCUGACCAGUGCAAGAACUGUCGUCAAGAAGGUUUGGAAGCCCGGACAUGCAGAGCUGCCAAGACGCCCAGACAAAGCUAACGACAAGUUAUCUAUGUCAGGUCAUAAGACGAUCGAUUGCAAGAAUAAUCGUUUCCUUGAUUAUACCGGCAUCGAAACAAAGUCGCCCGAGGAGUCUUGGAAGGGACUCCAGGAAGCUGAUGCCACCGGCGAUUUAGAUGAUGUCCGUGAUGCGCUCCGGGUUUAUUACAAAGCGGUCCCCCUCUCAUCGUAUGCGGAGAUUGAGCAGGCGUUCCGUGACCAUCAUUUUGCUACUUACUUGAUUGCGCGUGAGAAAUCCAUCAAUGAUAGUCAGACCAUCAUGGAUCUGCAGGGCAAAUUAGGCUGCAAAUACGAAGUCGGGUUGUAUCUGAGCCCUAAAGUCCGUCGCAAGGCUGCCGCUGAAGGGUGGCCACCCACUCCUGAGGAAAACAAGGAACGGCUUCUGGACGCCGGUAUUGUGGUCGAUCGCCUGGUUCCAAUCUGUGACCGGUGUCGCGAAGCCGGCCACGUCUCGAAAUUUUGCAAAGAAGAAAAGCCUGCCUCGGAGAGACCCAUCGUAAAGUGUGCUAACUGUCACGAAGAGGGACACAGAGUGCGCGAUUGUCCUCAGGAGCGAGUCGAUCAAUUUGCCUGCCGCAACUGCAAGCAACCUGGUCAUAAUGCCGCUGAGUGUCCUGAGCCACGUUCCGCUGAGGGAGUCGAAUGCAAGAAUUGUAAUGAAAAAACCCGAGAGAGGAAGCAGGGCUUGCCGAAAUUGCGGGUUAGUAUUGCCCACCAGAUCAGAGUGUUCGCAGCCGCUAAUCGUCUCAGUGAGGAGGGUCAUAUGGCCAGGGACUGCGAUAAGCCUAGAAAUCCUGAUACCGUCCAGUGUCGUAAUUGUGAUCAGACUAAGGAGAUUCAGUGGGCCACUUCUCUAGAGAUUGCCCUGAACCCAAAGAUUGGAGCAAGGUCCAGUGCAACAAUUGCGGCGAGAUGGGUCACACCAUCAAACGUUGUCCUACAGCCCCUACUGAACCCGCGAACGAUGAGAUUGAUGUCGGAGACUCUGGUCCUGCCCCCGCCGGAUGGGAGAGUCCGCCUGCUGCUCCUCAAGGUAACUGGGACCAGGGCGGUGCAAGUGCCGAAGCCUGGUAAACCUGUGAAAACCGGCAGCUCCCACGCAAUGAGUCCAUCUAUCACCCCCAUCUUGAGGGAGAUUCGAGCCAUGUUCGAAUUGAUAGAUUGGACUCAUAUCGUGCCAACACUCGAUUAAAUUUCUUCGAGUUGUUCAUUUUUCUGUUAUUCUCGCGCAGUUGUUGUUAGAGAGUCUAGUCAGCUGGAUGUCUUUCAGCAUUUGAUGAAUUUCGGCCGUAGCUCCACCGCAAGUCAUCGCUAGCUCUAAACAAUAAAGAAAAAUUUCUUAAUUGCGUUCUAAUUGCUGCGUAGCAAUCCUC